GAAAACUGCACGUCACGGGUAAAAAACGUUUGUAAGGAUAUAUUAGGGAUGCCAGAAGCAGACACAUACCUGAUUGAACGUGCGCAGAGAAUCGGGAAAAAAGGAAGUAAACCCCGUCCGAUCCUCGUGUCGUACCAUUACUUUGCGGAACGUGAAGCUGUGAGGCUUAAAUCUUACGAUAAAAGCGGGGAAUUGAGAGCCGCCGGCGUCGGAAUUGGGAUACAGCUACCGAAAGCUAUCAGGGAUGCGAGAAAACCAUUGUAUGACGUCAUGGAAAAUGCAAAAAAGGCUGGAAAGACGGUAAGAUUCGUUGGCAAGAACCUAUUCAUUAACGGCAAGCUAUAUAAACCCGAGGGCAUGGAACAUUAGAGGUGUCCAGAAGAGGCUGAAUUAACAAUUUUAUCGUGGAAUAUCAAUAGACUCUUAAGAAAAAUCACAGAUCCUGACUUUUUGUGUUACAUUGAAAACUUUGACGUUGUUUGUUUAAGUGAAACUUGGAUAUCUAAUCAAAAUAUUUGUAAUAUUGAUAUUCGUGGUUUCUGUAGUUUUCAUAUGUCUGGAAAUAAGUCAAAGGGUACAUCAAAAGGACGAUUUAGUGGAGGUAUUACUAUUUAUUUUAAAGAAAAAUUUAAGCGUUAUAUUAGUGUUGUAGAGCAAAACCAACAUGGAAUAUGUUGGUUAAAACUUUCUGCUAAAUUGUUUUCUGAUAACCGUGAUGUAUAUAUAUGCCAUACUUAUUUUCCACCUAG